AUGGCGAACGGUGGUGCGGUUGAUGAGGGGAGGAAGUGUGAGACAGUGGUGUUGUUCAGUGAGGAAGAACUGAGGGAGAUGAGUGGGGUAAAGCAAACCGGUGAUUGCAUAGAAGUCACGUGUGGUUGUACCAGCCAUAGAUAUGGCGAUGCGGUGGGAAGGCUUAGGGUUUUUCCCAAUGGCGACCUCGAAAUCUCCUGUGAAUGUACCCCUGGUUGCGAUGAAGAUAAGAUGAGUCCUGCUGCAUUUGAGAAGCAUUCUGGGAGGGAGACUGCUAGGAAGUGGAAGAAUAAUGUGUGGGUGAUUGUGAAUGGGGAGAAGGUUCCAUUGUCGAAGACAGUGUUGCUCAAGUACUACAACCAAUCAUCCAAUGGAUCCCACCGCUCUCAAAAUGGGCGGGUUUUCCAUCGCGAUGAGUUUCUUCGCUGCAGCAAGUGCAACAAGGAGCGCAGAUUCCGCUUAAGGACCAAAGAGGAGUGUCGAGUUCACCAUGAUUAUGUGGCCAAUGUUAGCUGGAAAUGUGCUGACUUACCGUUUGACAAGCUAACGUGUGAUGACGACGAGGAGAGAGCAAGUCGCAAGGUGUACAGAGGCUGCUCCCGCUCUCCAACAUGCAAAGGAUGCACUUCCUGCGUGUGCUUUGGCUGUGAAAUCUGCCGCUUCUCUGAUUGUUGCUGCCAAACUUGCACUGACUUCACGAGGAAUGUGAAAGCUUGA